AUGCCUCGUCUGGUGCGCACUUUUCUGGCCACGGCCUUUGUCUGGUUCCUCCGUGCUCAGGUGGACACGUUCUGGACCUGGUUCCAAUGGCGGGUCUGGUUUCACCACCCCCGCACCAUUGGGCAUGAUGAAAAGCGCCUGGCGUCUGGCAUUGCCAAGCUUGAGCGUGUGCCAUAUGGUCCGCACCGCCUGGAGCAGCUGCACAAGCUUGAGCCCGAUGAGGAGCACGCCGCUCAGCUUGCAGAUGCGCCUUGCCGCCACAUGCUCUACGCCCACGGGGGUGGCUUUGUGUUUGCUUCGUCGGCCGUCCUUCUGCAAUCCGUCACCAGCUUUGUCCGUCGCGGCUUUACCGUCUACAGCAUGGACUACCCGCUGGCCCCGGAAGACCGCUUCCCUACUGCCCUCAUCUCCGUUCUAGACUGCCUGCAUUGGAUCAGGGAGACCGAGGGCGUGGAGCGGGUGGUGGUUCUUGGCGACUCGGCUGGAGCCAGCCUGGUCUCCAUGGCCGCGGCCAUUAUCAUGAACGACAAACUUCGCCGCGACUUUGCGCAAGCCACGGCACGCCCUGAGCUCGAGUCAUGGUCCUACCCCGUCAUCGAGCGUUUAGGCUGCCUGUACGGCCUCUUGGAUCAAACGAGCUGGCGUGGUCGCCAACUCAAGCAGAUUACCAUGAUUGAAAACUUCCUGGCUGAAGGUGGCAUUGCCAGCUGCCUCGAGCUGUAUGCCAGCCAAAGCAACGUUUUUGAGAACCGACUCUGUCUGAUGGACAUUGUUGACGAGAUUGAACGCUUCCCUCGAACCCUCUUUAUCGGCGGCUCGCAAGACCCUCUCGUGUACUCGACCGUUGUCGCCCACGAGAAGCUUCUCACCAAGAACCUCGACGUGCAUUGCAAGAUCUACCCGGCUCGCCACGGCUUUUUUGGCGUGCCCUUGGAAUGGACCUUUGGUGCCUGGCGUACUGACGCGCAGCCUGCCUUUGAGCUUCUGGCCCAUUUCUUCGAACAGCCCAUCGAGGCCGUCGAGGCAAACUCGGCUCUGGGUCCCGAUGCUGUCGAUGCCGAGCGUGGCUCCCAAACCUCCCGCCCCGCCUACCAGCAUAUCCAAGGCCACCGCCGCCGUUGUUCCUGGGACCGGACUGGCCAGACCUGCUGCAGCGAGGACCGCGGCGAUUUUGGCCUGUAUGCCCUCAAGGCGUACGAUCGCAUUGUCAGCGACCUGCAUUCAGAAGCCGAUGAUAGCGAUAGCGAUAGCACCGUCUCGGCCGAACAGGUGUUGCGCACCACCAUGCUGCGACGCAGGUGA